AUGGACGACAUGAAUGGGUUGAUGGACUUACUGCCGGCCAGGGACUCAAAUUCUGCUCAUCAGCAGCUGGCAGUGCCUGAUUUCUAUGAUGUGGAACACUUGGAUUACCAGUACAUUGAAAAAUGCAACGAUGUCAAUGAACUUAUGGAAUUGUAUGCGGUUCUGAAAUCUGGAAAGGAAGGAAUUUGGGAAGAAAUGGAAACCGUGCUGUUAAACCGUGUGCGAUUGUUGAAUCCAAAGAGAGUUUCAAGACUGAUACCUGCCGUAUCUGCAACGUCAAUCAUACCGAGCAAUGAACUUGACAUAUGGGCAAUCGAACUACGCGCGCUUGACUUGAAAUCGAAUUCGUUCUUGCCUUCAAAACCAACAGUCGCUCCUGUCAGGAAUUCGGCAGUCAUUGCCACACACAACACUAUAAAGGACAAGACGAGUGGUAGUACUGUUUCUAAUACCAAUCCCAAAACAUCCACAGUGACAACAGAAUCUCGAAUCAAGUCAUCCGACUACCGUGCAUGGGACUCGUACGAUGUUGAAGGUCAAGUGCAGAAAAUCGAUGACGAUAAUGAAGAUAAUGCAACCGCAUCAGCCGGUACAGAAACAUCGACAGCAAGAGGAACGAUAAAGAAGUCAGCACCUGCCCAAAUCACAUCUAGCUCGGUGAUCGAGAAUCUGUCGACUAAUGUAACCGUACCGGCAAACUUGACUGCUCAGGAAGUGGAGUACUAUGCUGAACAGGAGAAGAUCAAAGGAAAUGAGUGUCUCAAGUGUGGUGAUGUUGAUGAAUCGAUUAUUUACUAUACGAGAAGUCUUUCCAUACUACCGAAAGCCAAUGUGUAUACCAACCGGUCAUUGGCAUACUUUAAGAAGAAAGACUACGAGAGUGCUGAAAAUGACGCUACAGCUGCUCUCGCAUUAAAAUCUCCAGAAUUUACACUGAAAUCCUACAUACGUCGUGGCAAUGCACGAAUGAAACGAGGGAAAUACCAUGAUUCAUAUCUAGAUUUCCAGUCUGCUUUGUUACUGGAUCCGGAAAACAAGGAUGCUAUUAAAGGACGAGAUGAAGCUGCGCGGAAGUAUCAUGACGUUGAGGGAGACAAUGCUCGCAAGUUGCCUGGUGAAACCACUGGCAAGAGACGAAUGAUGAUUGUAGAAGUAAAUGAUGACGACGAGGAGGAGAACGCCGACAUUGUUGUGGAAACGACUGAGGCUGUUGAAGUGGUUGAGGAAAUCAUAACACCUGGUGCAGUUGCAUUAAGUUCUUUGCGAGCACCACCGUCAGUAGCAACUGCUACUACACCGGCAACCGACACCAAGAAAUACGCGCCAGUACCAAAUCCAAAAUAUGCACCGCACGCACCGAUACCAAACCCAAAGUUUGUUCCUAUGCCCAAAGUCAAGGAGGAAGAAGAGGAGCAGAUUGCUAGUAAGACGACUGUUCCUCUUCGCAUUCCCACCAUGAAUAUCAUCGCACCCCGUGUAUCAGCCAUGAAGGAUCUCGACACGGCGCCUGUACAGAAUCCCAAGUUUGUUGUAUCCAAGAAGGACGAUGAAGAUGAAUGGGGUGAUUUCGUGUCUUCAGCUACGAAAGUAGAGCCUCUCCGAUAUGACUCUGGAGUGCAAGUAGAAGAUCUGAAUGCUGUACACGAUGAGAAAGAGAUGCGUCAAAGUUGGAGUUUUGAUCUAUUGCCGUGUCAGUAUGCACCACCACAAACCGACUACGAAUUCAAAUCCAUAUGGUCCACACUACGAUAUGAUCGUCCGCGGCUAGGUUCAUGGCUCUUUUCAAUCCCACCAGCUAAUUUGCCGCGACUGUUGAGUGGAGACUCGCUAGGAUCGGUUCUGGUGGACAUUGUUGCUGUGUUUAGAGGGAGAUGUAGUGCUGAGCCGUUGAUUGUGUGGGAGUAUAUCAAGUGGUUGAGGCAAGUGCCUCAUGUGAAGGAUGCGAUGCAAGGGGCUUUUGAUUGGGCUGCUUAUGAGAAUCUUAAAGUGACUUUUGAUAAACUGGAUGGAUUCUUACAUGAUUCCGUAGUGUUUUCUGUAACGGCUGGUACUUCUCAGCAGGAUGUCAAUGACGCUCGUCGCUGGUUCUUGGGGCAACGGGCAAUAAACCCUUUAUAG